GCCCGUGACGCUAGGUGCUGAUGUAGCGCGACGUAUCAGUGAGUGCGUCCCAGUGCGUGUGGUGGAACCACGAGCGUGGUGUGCCUUCCGGCGUGUACAGUAUACCUUGCCUGACUAUUUCGGCUUUCAGUCAUGGAUAACAGCACUAUCAUCGAAGGCACCGUUAAGUUCCGCGACGGGAAGAAGUGGAAAUCCCGGUGGUGCGUAAUGAGGAAACUUUCACCAGUGGCAGACUGCCUACACCUGCAGCUGUAUCGGGACAGCAAAGAACGCUACAAGCAGGGACACACCAAAGCGUCGCUUUCCCUACAACACUUCCUCGCCAUCGAAACUGGUUUCACACUAGACAAGGAGUCCAACACAAUAGCCAUCAUCUGCCAGGACGUGACGGUCAUCCUGGCAUUCGACACCCGAGAGCGGCAAAUGCAGUGGCAGGUGAAGAUAUCAAACAAUCUGGGCGAAGACGUCCAGUUCCUGAUCCAGAUAACGUCGGCUCCUCCGCGCGCUAAGAUAGCUGCUGGACCAGCGCGGCUGCACGUGAAGGAGCAGCGCUUCUGCCUCACCUCCGGCGUACCACCCAGGCUGCUGGGCUUCUGGGACAUCAGCCAGCUCAGGCGCUAUGGCGUGGUGGAGGGCAGGUUCGUGUUUGAGGGUGGCUCCCGCUGCGGGAAAGGCGAGGGAGUGCACGUGUGCGUCACGGACCAGGGCGACGAGAUCACCAGGACCUUCCAGAUGGCAGCCCAGGGCAAGGUGGCAGUCAGGAGGCGACCCGUCACCAGGAACAUGUCCAUGAUGGACAGUCCCCGGCGACAGAUGCUACCCCGAACAUCAGAGGUGUCUUCCGUUCUGGCAACUCCGGCUCUGUCUGAUCUAUGCUCAGAUGACUUAUGCAGGUUGCACCGCGACGGCAGCUCCCCCUACUGGCUGUCCACCGAGUCUUCCGGCGGGGCGCGCAACUCGGACCUGGACAGCAAUUACGGCUGCGGCGACACGUCGUCGGUGAGCGACCACUACGACCAGUCGGCCAUGUCGGGCGGGGGCGGCUGGCACGGCUCCAGCGGGCCCGGCGGAGCUCUGGAGAGGUGCGUGAGCUGCAUGAGCAAGCUGGGCGCGCUGUCGCGCUCGUCGACGGCGGGCACGUGCACGCCGCUGACGCCGGGCCCGCCUGGAGCUGGAACGGCCGCGUGCUGGCUGCACGACGCCCAGCAGACACCCGCCGGCCAGCAGGGCCGCGACGCGCGCUCCAGCGCCGCCUCCCUGGCCUCCUCGCACGGCAGCGACGGCCCGCGCUCCUCGCAGGAGGCGCCCUGCUUCUGGUACGACCGUCCACGGCUGGGCACGCCGCCGCCAGUGCUGCCCCCCAAGAGCCCGGCGCGCGCCGCCCCCGCGGCGUCGCCCUCCCUGGCGCUGCCGGUGGGGCGUCCGACCGCCUGCCAGAACCCGGCCUGCGCAUGCGCGUGCACGCGGUUCGCCGCCGCCUACCGCCGCCUAACCUCUGCCGACUCCGCCACCUCGCCCUACGACAAUUACGACGUGCCCAAGCCGAUACUCGGGCAUCUAGCCGUCAAGGACCAGAUGAGCAACUUGAGACCAGCUGGACAAGCCGAUGUUCCUGACGGAUACUACGACACGCCAAGGAGUCUAAGGGAACACCUGACAACUCCCACCAUGGACGGUCAGUCCCCGUACGGAAAUUACGACGUCCCAGCGUCCGCGCGGCCGGUGCAGAGGCUCUGCGGCUGCGGGAUGAAGUACCCCAGAACUCCUGUGUCUGCGUCUGCGGACAGUCCAGUGGAGAGGCACUCCUGCCCCUGUCAGAGGAUGAUGGGCUGGGCCGAGAACCUGAUGACGCUGCCCUACUGCAAGCGCGGCAACGGCGUCGAGAAUACCACCAUGCCCAUCACCAAAGUGAGGCUCAGCGGCGAAGGCAAGAUGCCGGUCGUCAGCCCCAAUGGCGACAUAGCCAUCUACAACCCCAGCGACAGCGUCAAGAAGUUUGUGCGCAACGACUCCGCUCCGAGUCUGCCGCACCAGUUCCACCGCGACGGAAGCUCCUACGGACUGCCCGAGGAAAGGAGCGGCAUUGCUGCCGGCGUCACCCUCGAAGUGUCUAAAGUUAACUCUCUCGAUAGGAACAUGAAACCAAAAUUCAGGGAUUACGCCAACCUGGCCUUUUCAGAGUCUUUAGAGUACUACGAGAACGCCAGAGACGUGCUCAAUCGAGCAGGUAUGGGACAGCAAGUAACAGACUUGGUGGAUCAAGAUGUUUCCCCGUCCAUGCCACAGGAAAGGAUCAACGUAUGUGAUAAGUGCAGGCAUACGUGUCAGAACACUGAAGGUAAAUCUCCAGGACAGAGUGAUGAAGCUGAAAAUGCAGUUCCUCCUGCAGAAGACAGUAAUGCAGAAAAUGAGAAACUAGAUGCUGACUACGUUUCAAUGCAGUCAGUUGUGAAAGCUCUUUAUAGAGACACAGAAAAUACCGACCACGACACUGCCAAAAGUGAAGAACAUCUAGUAGCAACAGCUGCAACGAAUGAACAUCAAAUGAGUGGCGUGUCUCUUGUGGCGGCAAGUUCUCCACUAGGUAGCAGACAGACUGAGAAGUCUGCAAGUAGUCCCAACUUGGAAGAAGCAAAAAGCCUGCUCGAAGUGGCCGAUAUCUUGAAGCGACACGCGCCGCUAGACGAGCUGGACGCUUCCUCGCAAAUGGAGGACUCUAGAAAGCAGCAGUUCGCCAACAGGAAAAGGUCUAGUUCAGCCGAUGCCUCCAGAUUCAUUGAUGAUGUUGAAGAUGAACCCAGUUCCCUCGACGGCCCCGUGUCUCUCCCACAAGCUGGCAGCUGCGACAGUGUCAUUCAUUCUCAAGUGAUGGUCGCUGAUAACGUGGAGCCAGUGUCCAAUAAGGCAGUAGAAGUUCAGCAGGAGACGUCACCUCGUGUUCCAGAACCGAGCUCUGUCACCUCGACGUUACAUGCAACUGAAGCACGGAUCGCGUGCAUGCGACGGUCCUCGAGCGUUCCUAGCCACAGAGCAGCUUCCGCGGUGAGCGGCAACAACCGCGAUUCCUCCAGUUCCAAUGAUUCUGGCGUUUCCAUCGCGUCACUGAGGCACCGAGGAGGUGAUUUCGCCGAGUUUGAGCUGCCGUUGACCACCUCUAUGUCCGCGAGACGACACCAUAUGGCCAUGCGCAGCAGUGGGAGCCACCAGCACCAUCACCACCACUCACCCGUGUCGUCCGGAGUCAGCGGUGGGGGCAGAGGUUCACCUUGCCUGCAUUCUUCUCUGCCUCGCCGCUCCAAGUCUGUGGAUCCGCUCAGAGACAUCACCUUCCAGUUCACUGAGGUGUCAGACGACUCACAGCAGCAGCAGGCCAAAUGUUCCUCUGCUGAAGCUGAGGUGCCAGUCUGCCCAAAACGCAGAGGUUUCCAGAGCCCUGGCGGAGACAGCGCCAUCGUGGUGCCGUACCCAGACUCCCGCUCGACCAGCAGCGGCACCUCAGACAUGUCCGACUACAUCGAGACGCUCUCCUUGUCCUCGCACGGGUCUUCCGAUGUUCCUGAUUCGAUGAGGUUCGGGCGGCUGGCUGUGACGACACUGAAGCCACGUUCUGGAAAUGAAUAUCAGCUCAUUGACAGAUCUGCUCUUGAAGGUGGGCCCAACGUGAAGUAGGAGGACUACUGAAGCUUACUACAGGGGACACAGCCAGAGGCCGUAUCAGUUGACUGUUUCUACCGCUGUCUGUAAUAUGAUCACAUUCUGUAAAUAAAAGCUCAAGCAUUACAAGUGUAAAAAAGUGGAUGACAUCAAAAUUUGCCAUACUGUACAGAGUGAAAAUGGGCUCAAUUCCUACAAAAAUUUUAAAGCAACAUAUUUACCUUUCAGUAGUACAAAGGAAAUAUAUGUAACUAUAACACGUUUGAAUCUUAGGCACUCAGCUAUCACAAAGGUCUUCACUUCCGAUCUUUGCAACUUAGACAGAGAAACAAGACCAUGUGAAAGGAAACACAAUGUUACACAGUCGCCAGACAUCAGAUUAUUACUUAUAACAAAGGCGUGGAGAUAACAGAGUGUUUCCUUGACUUCCCUGCUUGCGACGUAACUUGCGUUUGAGACGUUCUCAAAGCACUGAAUUACGGACUGUAAGUAAAAGUCUGUAUGUUUUGAGCUUACUUGAUCGAUUCGUAAGGAAAAAUGUUUUAUCAGUAGGUACCCUUCCAGAUGUACCUUACGUACUCUGUACCAAAAAAACAAAUUUUCUAUUACUUUUGUAACAUAUAAGCUUUUCUACAGACUUGUAAAUUUGACUGAAAUUGCGGGACAUGUUACGUAUUUGAAAAAGAAUUUGUGACUGAUUAUAAAGACGGCCAGGUUUUGUAAAUAGUAUGGUACUGUGUGCGUAUGGUCAGAGACUUUCUGAAAUAUUUAUUCUGCUAGUCAGGUUCUGUGAUAGAGGAUUUUCAGGACGGUGUAGAGAGCAUUUAUGAAAGUAUUACACAUACGUUAAUUUUAAGUCACAGUUCUUGGAAUAAUUAUUUUUAAGAGUUGAAAUUAUUUGAUUAUUCUUUUGGCUUGUUAAGUUCUUAUUUAGAAUGUUCUGUGACUUAAACAUCUUAUCUGUGUAUGUAAUAUAAUUUACUUACCUUAAACGAGACACUGCUAUAUAUGUAAAGAGCACUGUAACAUAUUAAUUUGAAGAG